CAUGCUGUCUUCCAUGUUAUGAUUUCGUCUUUUGUAGGUGCUCCAAGGUGAAACAUUUAGCGUGUUGGACAUUUAGAGAACGCGGCAAGUCUGCAUAAUAAAUGAAGGAUAGAAGAGUUUUGAAGACAAGUCACCAUGGUGAAGAUAUUCAUCGGCAACUUGUCCCAGGACACGACGGCGGAGGAGCUGCGCUCGCUCUUCUCUCAGUACGGCAAAGUCUCAGAGUGCGAUGUUUUGAAGAGGUACGGCUUUGUGCACAUGGACAACAAGACGGAGGCGGACGAAGCCAUCCGCAGCCUGCACCACCACGUCCUGAACGGGCUGGCCAUGAACGUGGAGCUGAGCAGGGGAAAACCCAAGGCCUCCACCAAGCUGCAUGUGAGCAACAUCAACCCAAACUGCACCAACCAGGAGCUGCGCUCCAAGUUCGAGGAGUACGGCCCCGUGGUGGAGUGUGACAUCGUUAAGGACUACGCCUUCGUGCACAUGGAACGGGCGGAUGAUGCUAUGGAGGCCAUCAGUGGGCUGGACAACACAGCCUUCCAAGGCAAACUGAUGAGCGUGCAACUGUCCACCAGCCGCCUGCGAACUGUGCCUGGAAUGGGAGACCAAACAGGCUGUUACGUCUGUGGGAAACAAGGCCACUGGUCCAAAGACUGCCACCUCAGUCAGAAUGGCAGCUAUGGUUCUGGGGGCAGCUUCACAGGGGGUUUCCGUGGCAGCAGGGGGUUCCCUCUGGGUGGUCCCGGUUUUGGCAGGGGUGGGUCAGGAUUCCCUGGUGUCCGGGGAAUGUCAAGGGGGCCGGGGUCUGAUUUUGCAGGAGGGCCAGCGUAUGGGCCGGCGGCAGGUUACUUUGGAGGGGUGCCUUCUCCAGUCUAUGGGCCUUCGAGGGAAUACGGCAGCGAGAUGGAGCAGCGCUACAAUAGAGCGGCGGGCCCCUAUGCUGAGAGGGUGUCCGCGUUCGAGCGCGAGCGAUGCGGUGGGGUGGACUUCUACGAGAAGUUCCGGGCCCGUCCGUUUGCCUCCGGCUAUGGCGAGGAGCGCCACCUCUCCUUGCCGGCCCCUUCCCUGCCCUCCUCCACCACUUUCUCAAGGGAGUACCUGCCCUCCUCCACUCUCAGUUCUUAUGAGCGCCGGCCCCUUCCCCCUCCCACUGCCUCCGGUUCUUCUUACUACUCGCGAGACCGGAGUCCCAUACGACGAUCGUCACAGACGGGGGAGGGCUACUCGUAUGAGCGUUCGCGGCUCUCCCCCGUGUCCUCCCUCUCCAGGAGCUCCACGUACGACGUGCCGCGGGCCAAGGACCCCUACGCCGAGCGAACGCGCUACGCUUACUAACCUCUCUGCCAGGUUUUUGUGCACUGCGAGAGUUGCUUUUGGGACCAUUCCUCUGAGCUUGCGUGGUGUGUCACAAACAAAAACAUUCGCGUUUGACUCGAACCGAAUCGAGAGAGUGAUGUAAGAGGGAGGCACCGAGCCAUCCACCUUUGCACUUCUAUCCCGGCACCUUCGCUCACCUCUCAACCAAAUACACCCUGCAUAAUACACACGUUAUAUGAAUAUGUUUACUUAGAGAUGCUGCCUUCAGGGAUUGCUUGCUUUCUACAGACUCAGUGCAAAUAGAGGUUUGUUUUGGGAUAGUGUCUACGUUUCUAAGAUGUAAAAACAGCUGCUAUCAAUUGUUGACAUGCAGAUGGUAAUUUGAGUGGGUCGAUGUUUUGAUCAUAUUCCAGACUUUGUACAUCUGUAGGAAUGACGUUUGUCAUCACACGCAUUCUGAUUGGCUGUUUGAUCAGCCCAUUUUGUGUGGCAUCAUAACUUGGGUGAGGAGCACUUAACUUUUUAAUUUACUUUUUGUUAUUAUAUUAUGUGCAACACAAUAUUUUCUCACAUGUGUGACUUUAAAAGCCAUAACCAUUUCAUUUAGCCUAAUUCUGUUGAAUAUAGGAGGUCAUUCUCAACCACUUAAAUGCAGUAACUCCAUAAUAUUGAGCAUAAAAGAGAACUUGAAAUGGUACUUUAUUGUGUUCAAAACUUUGAACCAUGACGGCAGAUGCACUUGUUGAUAAAGCCAUAGAAUUACAUAAAGUUGUGUGAUUUUUUUUUUUUUUUUCCUUGUUCUGAAUGAGGACUGAUUUGAAUGAACAUACCGUGCCCUCCAUAUCUGUUCAUGCCACUGAUUAAAUAGCAACAAAAACAUAAAUGAAAAAAUACAAGUUGGGUGAUUUCCCUGCUUAUUUUUAAAAAUAUUAUACUUCAUACUUUAUACUGUGGUCACAUUUAU